AUGCGUAUCUCGACGAUUAGACAGCGUAGUGUACACCAGGCAGUACGCAGACGCAGGUCGAAGCAAAGCCCCAUUCCCACAAGGACAAUCGAGGCUCCUUCGAUCACGCCACACUUCUCCGAGGAUCUCGAAUGCGAUGCCAUAGUCGUCGAGUGUCAAUCGGGACUUGCUCAAAUCAAAAUCACCAAUGGCACGACUACUGAGACAAUGAGAUAUGACUGCUCAUUGAGUGGACAGAAGACACAAUCGGUCAAUAUCAUGCCAGAAGACUUCGACCAGUCUAAACCACUUCGCCUGGAGAUACUUGGAUGCAAUGGCCGUGUCAAGCGGUGUUCUAAUGCCUGGAAGAUGGUGAUUCCGGAUGUCGUCCGCAUUCCCAAUUCGAAAAUCAUCUUGCGCAAACAAUCGGCUAUUGGUAACGACCUUUAUUCUGCGAAUGACGUUCAAUCUGCGAAAGACGACGAUGAAACAGACGCAGAACUCGACGGCCACAAGUGGGCAGUGAUGCUCCAGGAGAGAGGUGCCGACGGCAAGCUGAGUCGGGCAAAGACAAUCGACCUGCGAGUUGGCGCCAUUCUCGACGGAGCAGUCGUUUACUACGAAGAUGGACACUCGACACCUUGUGGGCUUCGUCUUAGACACGACGGCUCCACGCACCAGUUUGGUGGCAGCAGCUCUCGAACGCUGCAUAUUCCAUCGGGUGUCGACGUCGUCAAGGUAGAGGUGAACAAAUAUGGAUGGGGACACAGGGUGUUGGGUGGUAUAUCCAUGACUUUGUCAGAUGGCACGAAGGCAGGAACACUCAACAGUUGCCGAUUCGCCGGACUUGCGUCUGAGGACAGCGCAGUCAAGGUACUGGAGGCUGGAGCAGGAGAGAAGAUCGUCGGAUUUUUUGGGAACAGCGGAUACUACACUCAGGAAUUCGGUAUCAUAACAGGGCCGAAGGAUGUAGAGCUUCCAGCGCGAACAUACGAUAUGGCCGAGUUGCAGAACAUUCAGACGAAAGACUGGGCACGCAACAUGUACUAG